CCAUUGCAAGCUUCUCCUCCUGGGCCUUGUCUGCUGACUAGGGCCAUUCUGGCUCAGGAGGGGCUCCGUGAGGGUUGUGUAUGAUACCCCCUGGCUGUGCGCAGGCCAGACGAGCCUUCCUCUCUUUCACCCCUAUGAAGAUCAGAAAAAGAAGGCCGUGCGGUGGCUCAGUGGCAGAGUGCUUGGUUAGCAUGUGCAAGGCCCCAGGUUUGAGCCCCCUCCUUUUCAGGAAGUUGCAGCUUGCAUCAGAUCCAUGAUUUAAUCACUAGAGAUCAGACUGUUGGUUUUUUGUUUGUUUGUUUGUUUUCUGUUGUUUUUUUACCCCUUCAUCUUGGCCAUGUCAAAGUGUGCAGCGGACAGUCCAUCUGUGGAACUGCACGUGGCAGCCGUGACCUGACCCUGUCCCACCCAGGGCACCAGGUGUUUUGCAUGCUGACUCCUGGUUCAGUUCUGCUGCAAUCCUGAAAGUCCUGCGACUAACCCACCGAGUGUGUUUGUUUCUGUUAUGUUUAUUUUGUUUUUCUGGUCUUGUUGUUUUGAGACGUGAUCUCACUACAUAGCCCCAAGCAGUCCUCCUGCCUCAGCUCCCUAGUGCGGGAUCACAGGCAUGCCACCACCUGCCUUCUCCGGUGUUCUUCUCACUCUGCAGAUGAGAGUUCGAGGCAUGCAGAGGAGCAAUGACUUGUUCAAGGUUACACAGCCAGUCGGUGAGAUUCUGAAGGGAGGAGUUUUGAUCCGAGGGAACCCUCAGCUCUGCUUCCAGGACAGCGUUUUGUGGAAGGAUGUCUUCCGCAAGAAUAACCAGCUGGCUCCUGUAGACAUAGACACCAACCGCUCCCGGACCUGCCCACCCUGCGCCCCAGCCUGUAAUGACGAUCACUGCUGGGGUGAGAGCCCUGAGGACUGUCAGAUCUUGACUGGCACCAUCUGCACCAGUGGCUGUGCCCGAUGCAAGGGCCGGCUGCCCACUGACUGCUGCCAUGAGCAGUGUGCUGCAGGCUGCACGGGCCCCAAGCAUUCUGACUGCCUGGCCUGCCUCCACUUCAACCAUAGUGGCAUCUGUGAACUGCACUGCCCAGCCCUCGUCACCUACAACACAGACACCUUCGAGUCCAUGCCCAACCCUGAGGGUCGCUACACCUUUGGUGCCAGCUGUGUGACCACCUGUCCCUACAACUACCUUUCUACGGAAGUGGGAUCCUGCACUCUGGUCUGUCCCCUGAAUAACCAAGAGGUGACAGCCGAGGAUGGAACACAGCGGUGUGAGAAAUGCAGCAAGCCCUGUGCCCGAGUGUGCUAUGGUCUGGGCAUGGAGCACCUACGAGGGGCAAGAGCCAUCACCAGUGCCAAUAUCCAGGAGUUCGUGGGCUGCAAGAAGAUCUUUGGGAGCCUGGCAUUUUUGCCAGAGAGCUUUGAUGGGAACCCCGCCUCCGGCAUUGCCCCCCUGAAGCCUGAGCAGCUCCAAGUGUUUGAAACCCUGGAGGAGAUUACAGGUUACCUAUACAUUUCAGCAUGGCCAGACAACCUCCAUGACCUCAGUGUCUUCCAGAACCUUCGAGUCAUCCGGGGACGAAUUCUCCAUGAUGGUGCCUACUCAUUGGCGCUGCAAGGCCUGGGAAUCCGCUGGCUGGGGCUGCGCUCACUGCGGGAGCUGGGCAGCGGCCUGGCGCUCAUUCACCGCAACACCCAUCUCUGCUUUGUACAAACUGUACCUUGGGACCAGCUCUUCCGGAACCCCCACCAGGCCCUGCUCCACACUGGGAACCGGCCAGAGGAAGAAUGUGGUCUCGAGGGCUUAGCCUGCCACCCACUGUGUGCCAAUGGGCACUGCUGGGGACCAGGGCCCACCCAGUGUGUCAACUGCAGCCAGUUCCUUCGGGGCCAGGAGUGUGUGGAGGAGUGCCGAGUUCGGAAGGGGCUCCCUAGGGAGUAUGUGAGUGGCAAGCAUUGUCUGCCAUGUCACCCCGAGUGUCAGCCUCAAAACAACACAGAGACCUGCACUGGAUCGGAGGCUGAUGAGUGUAAGGCCUGUGCCCACUACAAGGACUCGCCCUUCUGUGUGGCUCGCUGCCCCAGUGGUGUGAAACCAGACCUCUCCUACAUGCCCAUCUGGAAGUACCCGGAUGAGGAGGGCAUAUGCCAGCUGUGCCCCAUCAACUGCACCCACUCCUGUGUGGACCUGGAUGAACGAGGCUGCCCAGCAGAGCAGAGAGCCAGCCCAGCGACAUCAAUCAUCGCAACUGUGGUGGGCAUCCUGUUGUUCCUGGUCAUAGGGGUGGUUGUUGGGAUCCUAAUCAAGAGAAGGCGACAGAAGAUCCGGAAGUAUACAAUGCGAAGGCUGCUGCAGGAAACUGAGCUAGUGGAGCCGCUGACGCCCAGCGGGGCCAUGCCCAACCAGGCUCAGAUGCGGAUCCUCAAAGAGACUGAGCUAAGGAAGGUGAAGGUGCUUGGAUCUGGAGCUUUUGGCACCGUCUACAAGGGCAUCUGGAUCCCAGAUGGGGAGAAUGUGAAAAUCCCCGUGGCCAUCAAGGUGUUGAGGGAAAACACAUCCCCGAAAGCUAACAAAGAAAUCCUAGAUGAAGCGUAUGUGAUGGCUGGUGUGGGUUCUCCGUAUGUGUCACGCCUCCUGGGCAUCUGCCUGACAUCCACAGUGCAGCUGGUGACACAACUCAUGCCCUAUGGCUGCCUUCUGGACCAUGUCCGAGAACACCGAGGUCGCCUGGGCUCCCAGGACCUGCUCAACUGGUGUGUUCAGAUUGCCAAGGGGAUGAGCUACCUGGAGGAUGUACGGCUUGUGCAUAGGGACCUGGCUGCCCGGAAUGUGCUGGUCAAGAGUCCCAACCAUGUCAAGAUUACAGACUUUGGGUUGGCACGGCUGCUGGACAUUGAUGAGACCGAGUACCAUGCAGAUGGGGGCAAGGUACCCAUCAAGUGGAUGGCAUUGGAAUCCAUUCUUAGACGGCGGUUCACCCAUCAGAGCGAUGUGUGGAGCUAUGGUGUGACGGUGUGGGAGCUGAUGACAUUUGGGGCCAAACCUUACGAAGGGAUCCCAGCCCGGGAGAUCCCUGACUUGCUGGAAAAGGGAGAACGUUUGCCUCAGCCUCCAAUCUGCACUAUUGAUGUCUACAUGAUUAUGGUCAAAUGUUGGAUGAUAGAUUCUGAAUGUCGCCCAAGAUUCCGGGAAUUGGUGUCAGAAUUCUCCCGCAUGGCGAGGGACCCCCAACGCUUUGUGGUCAUCCAGAACGAGGACUUGGGUCCAUCCAGCCCCCUGGACAGCACCUUCUACCGGUCACUGCUCGAGGAUGAUGACAUGGGGGACCUGGUAGAUGCCGAAGAGUAUCUGGUCCCCCAGCAGGGGUUCUUCUGCCCAGACCCUGCCCCAGGCACUGGGAGCACAGCCCACCGUAGGCACCGCAGCUCGUCUACCAGGAGUGGAGGUGGUGAGCUGACCCUGGGCCUGGAGCCUUCAGAAGAAGAGCCCCCCAGGUCUCCACUGGCUCCCUCGGAAGGGGCUGGCUCUGAUGUGUUUGACGGUGACCUGGCAAUGGGGGCAACCAAAGGGCUACAGAGCAUCUCUCCACACGACCUCAGCCCUCUACAGCGGUACAGCGAGGAUCCCACAUUACCCCUGCCUGCUGAGAAUGAUGGCUAUGUUGCUCCCCUGACCUGCAGCCCCCAGCCCGAAUAUGUGAACCAGCCAGAGGUUCGGCCUCAGCCCCCCUUGACCCCAGAGGGUCCUCUGUCUCCUGUCCGGCCUGCUGCAGCUACUCUAGAAAGACCCAAGACACUCUCUCCUGGGAAGAAUGGGGUUGUCAAAGACGUUUUUUCCUUUGGGGGUGCCGUGGAAAACCCUGAGUACUUAGCACCCAGAGGAGGCACUGCCUCUCAACCUCACCCUUCUCCUGCCUUCUGCCCAGCUUUUGACAACCUCUAUUACUGGGACCAGAACCCAUCAGAGAAGGGGUCUCCACCAAGCACCUUUGAAGGAACCCCUACGGCAGAGAACCCUGAGUACCUGGGCCUGGAUGUGCCCGUGUGAGGUUACAUCUGCAGAGACCCUGUGCUGCCUUCAAAGGGAGGGAAACCCGGCUUGUGCUCUCCAUGACCGCAGAGCAGGGAGAGGUCCUCUGGCCACAUCACAUCCAGGGCAGCCUGCUGUGUCAGGAACCCACCCUAUGGAGCCUUUCUUGCUGCUUGAAUCCUGAGUGGUUGAGAGGGGCCAUAUAGCUGGAAGAGACGGCACACUGGACAGCCUCAGUGGAUCCCAGACUCUGCCCUGACAGUCCGUAGGGUCCAGUGGAUAUUACAGUCAUGGCUUCUCGCUUGGUUCUGAGGACUGAGGGAAGCUCAGCCAAGAAGGGAAGAGGCCCCAAGCAAGUAUCUUGGGAACAGCACAACCCACUAGGACUGAGUUGUGCGUGCAUCCCAAGAGGCAAGGGAUUGCGCUGGCAUCCAGACCAUCCUUGUACAGAGUGUAUUUUGUUCUGUUUUUACUUUUGUUUUUUAAAGAUGAAAUAAGGACACCG